AUGUCGCAUGGUGAUGCAUGUGGGUCAGAUGGAGAUUGGGGCCACGAUACCUGGGACACAUACAGCAAUGCGUAUCCCCGCAUAUACAAGCACACCUCCUUGCCUGUUACCGUAUUCGAGGACGUCGAAGGUCCUGCCACCACCACCCGCACGCGGGUGCACUACUCUUCCAUGCCAGGCUAUAUCAGCAGCGUAGACGACUUCUACACCAUCAAGGGCUUGGCUAACCUCGUAGUCACGGAGACGAGCAUCACAGCGUACGACAAGAGUGUGCUUGUGCAGAACGAGCAUACCGUGUUUUCGUGGAUCCGAGUGGUGGUCGCGAAUGCGCUCAGCAACGACGGGGCGACGUGGGUGGAGCUGUUCUCCAAGUACAACAGCGGUACAUACAAUAACCAAUGGCUGGUAAUUGACCUGAGCAAAUGGCACGCGUACCAAACCCCGGAGAAAGGCUUCUUCUAUCUGGUCGAGCAGACGCCCGUGCGGAUCAUCACCCAGGAUCUCACUCAGAAGGUCGUGCGGGAGGGGUACUUUGCGAGCUACAAUCAGCCGUACAGCAAGGACGUGUGGCACAUUAUGGGCUACGGAGACGCCUCUAAGAAGUCUAAGAAGCCAGAGACCUUCCACUACGAUACUUGCCCGCGAGCGGUGGUGUUUGGCAAGCUCUGGGAUGUUGUGGUCAACACAACUGAUAUGGCGUUUGUCAUGGGAUGGAAUGACCUGGGACGGAAAGUAGUCGACUCUGCGGAACGUCAAGACUCGCCGCUACAAUCGUUCGUGUCAGCGGUGUCUGCUGGUGCUCGCUUCUUGGGUCAACUGAGUACCGAACUGCCGGCAAGCGAUACCUCAUCCCUGACUGCGGCGAAUGGUAUCUGUGCGAGAGACGAUCUAGUAGCGGGCAAAGAACGCCGAGCAUACGGGGGCAUCGACGCCAAAAUCGCUUCUUAUACAUCUCUGAUGGACUACACCGUUCCGCUGGCCUGGGCACGUGCCGGGCCCACAGACGACGAGAAGCCGUCGUACUGUUGGGUGGAAGGAGAUGAUAUUAGUCUUAAAACGCCUCACUACGGCCACCCAGAGUGCUACAUGUGGGAUUGGCAGUUGAUGUACGGUGGUCUGCGCUGAGUGUAUAACUGACGAAUGACGGCAGUAUAUGCUAGUUGGACCUCCCACCAGGGCUUGGGGGUGGUAUUUACACCGUAUUAGUACUCUCGCCGUGUGUGGAGUUUUGAAGGGUUGAUAUCGUGCCCUAGGCUACAUAUGUUUCACCUUCCGGGUGUUUUAAUUAUUAGUUAGAAUUUGCCUAAAAGCAAUUAAAAGAGUAUGAGUUUCGCCUACAAGGAGGGACUUCUGCAACCCCGAUGUGUGGAUUUUAAUACUUUUCUAUUCCUAUCUACACCUCGUGCG